CCGUUUGUUAGCGAAAAUAUAAUAACUAUGUCCACACAAUAUUUAAAUUAUAAUAUCGUUGUUGUGAUGUAAAGAUUAAAUAGUUUACACGAUAAAAGUGUGUUAUACACUCUAAAUUGCUGUGGUCUACAUUAAAAUUUUAAUACAUUAUCUAACCUUUCGUAUAUCUCAGAAUUAAUCAUGUACAAUAAUUACAAAGAUGGUUAUAGGACAGCUCAGAUGAACCCAAUGGUGUUUAGAAAUUAUUUCUACAAUAAGAAGAAACGUAUAUCACAUCAUGUCACAUCAGAUAUUGGUGCACCUGGCAAUCCAAUAAACAACUCUUCCACAACUGAUGCGAAGGAGAAAAAGCGUUCAUUUGAAAGCGAAGGACCACCCAUGAAGAGAUCAGCUCUCAUCCACCUUGAUGCUGGUUUCACUUGGAACCUACAGGCGUUAACGCGGGCAGCCGCUGCGGUGGCGCAGGGCGGCAAGUCGCCGGUCUCCGCCCUCAACGAGCUGGGGGUGAGGGUGGUGUAUAAUCUGCUCGACCAUAGGGGGCCGGCGCAUUGUCCCAAUUUCACGGUCGCGGUUACGGUAGCAGACAUGACGUUCGAAGGGCACGGAAGUAGCAAGAGGGACGCGAGGGCGAACGCCGCGAGGGCUUGCCUCAACGCUUUACUCAUUAAAGUGGGGCAAACGCCCUUGCCUGUUAAAAUCAACAUAGAUUUCACAUCCGAUUUCCAAUGCAUCACCGGUAGGAAGCCAACGGAGCAAGAGAAACCGGAGAAACCGGAGAAACCGGAGAAACCGGAGAAAACGGUCGAGAAGCCAACUUUACCCCUGGAAAUCGGCCCCGUGCAGCCGUCCCUCUUCAGCCCAAAGCCGUGUGUGCCGUCCCACAAGAGUCCCAUAAACAAGCUGUACGAAACGUAUCCAUCCAUAGAGUUCGCGACAACGUAUGGUGAUGGUUCCGCCCUGGAUGUUGAUCCAACUACGCUGAACUUGAAUCACAGCAUGCGUUUCAAAGUCGUGUGCCGACUGAACGGCAUGACCUAUGAGGGUUACGGUUCAAGUAAGAAGCAGGCGAAAUUGGCGGCGUCCAAAGCGGCGCUGGCCAACAUUGCAUUAUCAUCAUCACCGCCAGAACCGGUGGCGGAUGUCGACGCGCCCGCAAAUGGUAUGCCGCAACCGUUGGCCGACCAUAUAUCCAAAUUGGUGAAUGAGAAAUUCAACGAACUGAUGCAGAACGACCCGGUGCAUUUGAAACGGAAGGUGCUAGCCGGUAUCGUGAUCACGAUAGAGAAUGAGUUGCAGGGCGCUAAGAUCAUAGCGGUGACGACUGGCACUAAAUGCGUGUCCGGUGAUAAAAUGUCCGUAUCCGGCAGAGCUGUUAACGAUUGUCACGCUGAGGUGGCCGCCCGACGUUGCUUACAAAGAUAUCUCUAUAGCCAGCUGUUGAUGUACGCCGAAUCGGCAAGGCCCCGUCAGCCAAUCGAAGCGUCGGACAUCGAGCCGGUGCCGCACGCGAGAGCCGGCUACAGGCUGAAGCCCGACAGACGCGUGCACUUGUUCAUAAGCACCGCGCCGUGCGGCGACGCGAGGAUCUUCAGCCCUCACGAGGAGCAGCUGGAGCCGGACAGGCAUCCCAACAGAUUCUCUCGCGGUCAACUGCGCACCAAAAUUGAGUCAGGCGAAGGCACCAUUCCGGUGAAGAAUUCUAGCUUGAUACAGACGUGGGAUGGUGUUUUACAGGGCGAGCGGCUGCUGACCAUGUCCUGCUCGGACAAGCUGGCCCGCUGGUGCGUCACCGGGCUGCAGGGCGCUCUACUCUCGCAGCUGCUGCAGCCGGUCUACCUCACCUCGGUGGUGCUGGGAUCUCUUCUGCAGCGGGAUCAUAUGUAUCGAGCGAUCUGCGGCCGCUACGAGGCGCACCUGCAGGCGCUGCCGGCGCCGCACGCGCUGUACGCGCCGCAGCUGGCGCGCGCGGCCAGCACGGAGGCGCGCACGCCCGCGCGGGCGCCAUCGUUCUCCGCGUGCUGGUGUGUCACAUCGCCGCAACCGGAGAUAAUAAACGCCGUCACCGGCAAGCUGGAGAACGAGCAGCCGUCCCUGCUCUGCAAGCAAGCGAUGUUCGCGCGGUGGCUGCACCUCGUGCAGAAGCUGCCUGUCCAGCCCCGGGUGAACGACUAUGGCGAUAAUGCUGUGUUCUUGGAGAAUUCCGCCUCCCUUCUGUACGCAGAGGCGAAGGAAUUGGCCACUUCGUAUCAGCUGGCGAAAAACUGCCUCAAAACAGCAUUCCGGAAAGCACAUCUCGGCACUUGGAUCAAAAAACCAAUCGAACAAGACCAAUUCUAUUGCGAAAUAGUCAACGCUAACACCUCGUUGCUGUUCGCCUAGGCGGGCCAAGGGCGACACACUUAUAGCACCACUCGGGCGGAAGAACUUGGGGAUGUUGGUAAUAAUUUUGACAAAGGCAGGUCAAAUAACGAUGAAACUGGAAAAGGUUAUAGUGAACAUUGCAAAAAUGAUAUACUUGACGAUAGGGUUACGGAUGAUCGCUUUAAAUAUAGUCAUAGUUCCGAUGUUAAUGAGUAUAGAAUAGGUGAAAACAGUGAUAGUGAUAAUUCAACGAUUACGUCAAGAAGAUGUGAUAUAGGUGAUCGGAAAUCUGAAAAUUCAAUUGAAAUGCAUCCCAAAUUAGUUGAAUAUGGUAGUAUAGGUGGGUUAACAUCUAAUGUCGGUGUAACAGACGUAUAUGAAAAAAAAUUAAAUCUAGAUAAUCAGCCAAUACCACAACUCCGGCGGCCCAAAUGUGUUCCUUAUAUAGUUCAGGAUUCCAAAGUAGACAAUAUGAACACUAGAAAUAGUGUUGAUGUAACGAUAGAUAGGCCCAAUAAUCUAGAUGAAGAUAAUUUAAAAAAUAAUGACACAACAAACGAAAUUGAAGUUAUUACAAAUACGUUUAAGAAUUUCAAAAUAUCUAAUGAUGUAGGUCAUGGAAUAGACAUUAAAAAUACUACUCUAGCUCGUAGAUAUGAGAAUUUUAAAAAAUAUAAAAAUUUACGCAGGCCACACAGUAAUUUAGAUUUUAAUAAAGAUUUAGAAAGUAGGGAUACUGAUAGUUCUCAAUUAAUAAUUAAUACAGAUAAAAAUGUAGUAAAUAGAAACACAUACGUUGCAAAAUUGAAUGAUCAAGAUCCUAAUAAAGAUUUUAGAAAUAGAUCUAUUCUACUUUUGAAACUUAAAUAUCUGUAUAGAAGAAAUUUAAGAAAAUUUGAUGAUAUCAAUAAAGGUAUUGAAGAUGAAAAUCUUUCAAUACUACACCAUGAAGAUAGUAUAAGAAAUGAUAAAGCAAAUAUGGGUCAUGAAGAUGUGAAUGAUAAAAAUGAUAUCUUCAAAAUGGUUGGAAGCAAUGAAUCUCGUAUUUCGCUGUUGAAAAGAAUCGCUAUUUAUAGAGGACUUAAAAGUAACAAUACUUGAUGUUUAUUCGAAACAGAAUUUGGGGUAAUGGACCAUUUUUUUUCCUUUUUUUUAAAGACUAUAUAUAUAUAUCCCCCCAUAUUGGGAGGUUUUUUAAAUUUGAUUAUUGGAUUUUUCUCUUGACAUAAUCUGUCAUAACUAAAGUGUCAAUGCUUAUUUCGUUUUCUUAUUCAUCCUUUUUUUUAUGUUUUCUGAUGCGUCAAUAUCUUUUUUUUUUAAUUUCGUUAGUUUUUAAGAACUAUUCCAUUUUCAAAGAUUUAACUAAUUUUAUUAGAAGACGAACAUAUUCUUAAGUUCUUGUAAACAUAAUUUGGUUCCUGCGUGGUGCUAUACGCGUUAGCUCAUGACCAACUUAGCGAACAGUAUUUUUUAUUUAUUUUUUUUUUUCAUUUUUUUUGCGUAUGGCAACCCCGAAACUUUGCAAACCAACUUUUUCUAGACUGACAGCGUUAACUCUUAAGUUCAAUAGUAUUAUGGUUUAUAAACAAAUCUUUGAUGAGAUUUUAAAGAUGUUAUCUAUUUGUGAUAAUUAUUCAUUUCAUUUUAUAUAAUAAAUUUUGCCGGAUCUAGUCCUGUGGAGUUGAGUAGUCGAGAUAGUUAAGUUUUAGAACAUAAUAUUGACUCAUUAAAUUUUGAAUGCCUACAUGUUUAUGUGUAUAUUCACUACUGUUUUAUUUGUAUGGUGGAUACGGGCCAUAAAAAUGAAAACAAUACGGACAAUUUGAUUUUUAACUACUUAUUUUUAUGUUUAUGCAUGUUCCCUGUAUUUGACGCCUUCUUGGUACAAGGGGUCCUGGGUUCGAUUCCCGGCGGGGACAAUAAAAAAAAAUGUCUCGGUCUGGCAGGACACAGAAGGCUGAUCACCUACUUGUCCAUAAAGAAAAUCGAUCAGUGAAACAGAUGUAUAUCAUC